CUGAAGAGUUGGCCACAUCAGAGGCUUAACCCAUUUCACCCAGCAACAAUGCAGGUCUGUCUCCGCAUUUGCCUCCUCUCAGCACUCAUAGUCAGAGGGACUGCUCUGCAAUGUGAAGUUUGCACAGGUGUAGGCCACAACUGCAGUGGUGACUUGGUGACUUGCCCCCAAGAUCAUGAUUUUUGUGGCAUAACUUUAUUUCAAAGUGAACGGGAAGAUGUGAAGGUUAAUGGCAUUGUGAAGAACUGUGUUCCAUCCAAUGUCUGUGAAGCUGGUUCUGCUGAUAUUAACUUGGGUAAAAAAGGAAGAUCAAGGACCAAAGUUUCCUGCUGUAAAAGUGAUGCCUGCAAUACAGCCUCCCCUGCCAACUUGCCACUUUUAGAUACGAAACUCAAUGGCCUGCAGUGCCCAGCCUGCUAUGCUUUAUUUAAUGAUUCAUGCAGUGAUGAAACAGUGGAUUGUGUUGGAUCUGAAUCUCAGUGCAUCGAUUUGGCUGGAUACAUACAUUUAGGUGAAUCUUCUGAAAAAGUUGCUAUGAAGGGUUGCGCUACCCAUGCCGUCUGCACUGCUAGUGUGGGAGGCGCAGCAACAUUUACAGGGAUCAGCUCAGCAAUCACAAAGCUUGAAUGUGCAGCAGCCGCCAGCCCAGCCAGCAUGCCUCUUGGACCACCUGGACUCCUCCUUUCAGCCAUUGCUGGCUUCUUGAUUAUUCAGCUCUGGUCCUAACUGAUCCACUGCAGGCAUUAACAAGUGGAUGGAAGUGCUAAGCCAAGACGUGUGCUCUCUCUUAACAUAACUGGACAACUGGGAUGACCUGAGAAUGAGCUCCUUUCAUGUGUUAAGGACUAAGGCAUGGACACUGUGAUCACUUUAAGUCUUACACCCAAAUCAAGGAAUUUUUUUUAUUAUUUUAUAUUAUUUUAUGGUUUUGUUCAGCUACAACAAUAUCACAGGACCAUACUGUCAGAUGUCAUGGUCAUAACAACUAUUGUUAUUUUGAUACAGUGAUAUACUGACAUAACUGAUGAGUCUGGGAAAGAAUUCACCCAUUGCUUGUUCAAUGAAGUCACAUCAUCUGGCACAUUAAUUAAUUAA